AUGGCGCUGGUGCUCACGUCCCUGCCCCCAGCCCUGCUGGCCGGCGCGGAGCCGGGCCCCUCUGAUGCCCUCCAGCUGUCGGCCGCCGGCGUCGCGGCCCGCGUGGCGGUGCCUCUGGCCCUGGCCAACCCGCCCACCCUGAGGCCGGCCAAGGUGUGGGAGUGGUCCGGCCAGGCGGCCGACGAGGGCGACGAGGCGGCAGCCUGGCUGACGUCAUUCCUGGGCAAGCCGGUGCGCCUGGUGCGCUACCUCGGAUCCCUGGACCCGGCGGCAUCCGAUGCAGCAGCCACACUCGCCGCCGAGGCGCUGGCGGCGGGCGAGGGCGCCGCAGGCGCGGAUGCGGGCGCGGCGGGCGCGCUGACGCGCGAGGUGGACUCCCAGUUCGUGCCCUGGGGCGCUGAGGUGGCGUUUGCCGACCCGCUCUCACCUUGCCCCACGACCUGA